UUUAUUAUUAUUAUUAAUUUUAUUUUAUUUUUAGUAUUUGUGUAUGUGGUGUGAUGUGCAAGAAUAAAAAUUAUUUUUUUCAUUUUAUAUAGUAAAUUAUAUUUUCAUUUCCCAAUUUGUUAGUUAAAAUUAGUGUAUAAUUUUGUUAAUUUAAUGUGUUGUAAUUGUGUUAAUGUGUUAUAAUCGUGUUAAUGUGUUGAAAGAUGAGCUCAAUGUCAUAUAAUGCCUCGGGAGUGUUAUACGACUCCGACUCCGAAGCCGUAGACUACAACGGACUCUCCUACGAUGAUCUUCUCAACUCAAAUUUCAACGAUCCAACUUUUGUUGAGAGUUAUUUGUGUCGUUAUAUUGGGAAGGGUCCGGGAAUGGAGCGUGUGCUGUUGAUAAUUCCGUCGGUGUCGCCCAGGGUCAUUUCGAACCAUGACGACGCGCUCAGGCUCAUGGUUAAGGUUCUUGAUGAACAUCUUGAUCGGAAAUACUCACUCGUCAUAUGUCAAACAUGCGUCUCCUGGACAGAUUCAAAUUCCUACUAUUUCGUUAAUCAAUGGUACGAGAUGUUACCUCGUUAUAAGAAGAAAAACCUGGUAAAAGUAUAUUUAAUCCACUCGUUAAUGGUGACGAAGACCUUUUUAACCCUUUCAAACCCGUUUAAAAGUUCGAAAACGCUGGACAAAGUUGAGGUUUUCGAUACUCUUUCGGACGUCCUCCAGAAGCUUGAGCUUAAUAAGAAGAACAUGUUACGUAACUUCCCCUACGUUGUUCAAAGAGCUGAGGAGUUAAAUUUAGGCAUCCAAAGGCCAAUUUCGCCCUUUGGAACGGAUUUGUGGAUUCUCUCAGCCAGGCUGGGAAACAAGUUUAAAGAGUUCCACCACAUCCCGACAGUGCUCAGCUUUGUCCUGCAGUACUUGGAAUCUAAAGAAUAUGUCAUCACUCAGAAUUUACUACACCUGCAACUGGAAUCCAAUAAGCUCUACGACCUGGUGAGUAAAGUAGAAGACAUGGGCGAGAAUUAUGAAUUUCUAUCAGUGGAAGAAGUUGUCGUGGUGUUUCGACUAAUCUUGGGCACGCAAAGGUGUGGCCUAUUCGGGCCAGAAACACACACAAAAUUCACCGCAAUCGUUGUGAACCAGGGCACCUUCGAGGAAGCCCAGGAGGAGCUAAGGAAACAAGUUAAACAGCUGAGAAGUGAAAUGUUCGAAUGCAUCUUGUGUAUAAUUAAGACACUAAGAGUCGUGGUGAGGAAUAGUUCAAGGAACGGCAUGAACCUCAAACUCGUCUCCAAAGCCAUGGCACCCUUCUUCUUCAGACCCAUGAAACCCGAUGUCUACAUUUAUAAACUGCUUCCAAUGUACGAGGGGUUAUUAUCGAGUAUGAUAGAGAAGCCUGGAUUAUACUUUGACAAGGAGCCUCAGGCCAAGUUAGUCAACAAAGAGCCAACAGAAUCAACAAGUGUUAACACCAGGGAAACUUCUAGAGAACGAGAACGAAGCAAAGAACGCAAAGAAAAAGAACACUCACGUAGCAAACGAGAGGAUAAUUCCAAGGAUAACAAAUCCCGGGAACACAACUCCAGAGAUGAAACUUCUAGGGAUAGGUCUAGAGAGGAUAGCAAGGACAAUAGAUUGAGGGAGGAUAGUAAGGAGAGGAGAGAGAGAGGGAGCAGAUUAGUAGAAGAUAAAAGCCCACGAAAUGAUUCCAUCACUCUCUCCGAUUAAAUUAUUUUAUUUUAUAUAAUUUUUA